UUUGUUGGGGAAGAAACGGUUUGUGAAGAUGAUUGGGGAGUUGAAAAGAGAAGGGUAGUUUGGUUUAAUUUCAAUGGGUUGGGGCCCUGGCUUCCCAAUUCCCGGUAUGCCCGAUUGGUUAUAACAUAUACUCUAAAUUGGGCGACGGAGAUUGUUCUGCUGCAACAAACGCGGCCUCUUAUAACCUUCAUCUCCCUCCUUCUCAACCCCGAUUGUUUCCCCUAACUUUCUGCAGCAAGAAAAUCAGAAGGACCCUUCGCGGGUCUUUUUGAUUUCCUUGCUUCUUUCUUCUUCUUCUUCUUCCUCGCAGCUUUCACCAUCAGGGUUCUGUUCAACAAUUGUUUUCGUUUAAUGGCGGGGGAGAACACCGAUGUACUUCUUGUUGUCGAGGUAAGCGGGGACGAAGGUAGGCAACAUGAGAGCUUUGAUAUCCCUACCACUAUGGAGGUAAAUGAGCCUAAUGCUAUCAUUGAGGGAAGCACUGAUAUAUCUCUUGCUUUGGAGGCAAGUGCAGAUGAAGGUAGCCAAGAUGAGAAAUUUGACAUCCCUACCACUAUGGAGGUAAAUGAGCCUGAAAGUUGCAAUGUAGGAGUUAUUGUGAACAUUAAUACCCCAAAGUUCAGAAGGAUUUUCCCUCGCUAUCUCUCACCGCGCACGGGCUCCUGCCAUGAUUUUUGCAAAUAUGGUACAAAACAUCCUAUUGAAAGGAAUCCUGCAAGUGCAGUCUUGAGAAAAGGUAAAUCAGUUGGACGUGAUGUUCGGGAUUUGAGGCGGAUUAGAGUUUCGUUGGCAAAACCGAACAAUGAUACAGUUAGUCCAAAGUUCUCCAAAGAUUAUGAUGGCAUCAAUAUUACUGACUUGAAGGAAGAUGUAAUAUCUUCCCCAGAGAUCAUUAAUCCAUCUCCAAAGAAGCGUUUGCCUCCCAUCAAGGAAGUGGAGGCUGCGGCGGUGCAAUACAGUCGGACAAAACUUACUUUGUCGGUAUCAAAGGCGUCGUCUUCUGCAGGACAAUGUAGUUCACGAACCAAUAGAAACAAAGAAGUUCGAAGAAGCAAGAAACAAGAUGGAUAUGGAAGUUCAAGCAGUUCUACAGAUAGCACAAGUAGAUGCCAAGAGAUAAAGAUCUCCACAGUAGGAGAUAGGAAGGCAUUGGUGCCACAUGCCGUUUCUUGGACGCCAAGAAAUCGUGUGAAGCGAGUUGCUAUUGUCGACAAGAAAAUCAUUGGGAGGCGUAGCUUGAAGAACCAAAGUCGUCUUAAAAAGAUUAAACUUGAUCCAUCUAACAGUGAGGUUGUAGAGGAGAAAACUUUAUACAUGAUCGAACCAUCUACCAAGAAAGAAACAGAGGGACCAGCUCAAAAUAGUGUUCAUUUCACUGAGUUGUCUCAUUCACAAUCUUCAUCUGCAACAGACAACAGCUUUAAGCAUGAACAAGAGGCAGAUGGGACCAUUAUAACACCACAUUUGUUGGUGGAAAAGAACACGAGGCGUACUAGAAAUGGAACGAGUUCUAAAAGUUUAUCUACAUCUCCAACAGUAUUCAAGGGGUUCAAAGGUCUGAGACCUAAGAGAUUUGAUAUGAUUCAAAGGUCUGAGACUCGAUCAGCUCCUUCAUCGCCAUCAUCUUCUAGAUGCUCAUCUGAACCCGUCCAUAGCGAGAAGUCCAAGGUGGAACACAAGAUUAAGGCCCGAAGGAAGACUCUAACUGAUUCAGAAAAUGGAGAUUGCCAAUCUAGAAAGCUGCAUUUUAGGAAGGGGAGGAUGGUAGAACUUCAAACUGAACCCAUUACCCCAAGGAGACUUAUAUUCAAGCGUGUACGGUCACUCAGCGAGACUCAAAGUCCUAAAAGUGAUUCAAGAAAGAGAAUCAUUCAGCGUAAAGAGGCGAAUCAAAAUGGCGAUGAAGUGAAGGAAGCUGAGAAUAGUUCUUUGAGACAGCAAGAUCAGGAAUUCAAAAGAAAGAAAAGCUUUAGGAGGCAGGAAACAAUUGAUGGUAAAUUGGUUUCUAGUAGACAAAAAUCUGAGAGAAUUGUCCUUAAACAUCAGGAUUCAAACGAAAAAAUAGAAAUCCAAAAGCUGUUUAAUAAUGUCAUUGAAGAGACGGCAACCAAGCUUGCAAAGACUAGGAAGAGUAAGGUCAAGGCAUUGGUUGGCGCCUUUGAAACCGUGAUAUCUCUUCAGGACGCCAAACCCGCAACAACAGUUGUUGGCUGAUAUACUAUAAAUUUCGAUCUAUAUUACAAUUUCGAUCUAUAUUACAAUCUGGAAAUGGUACUAUAAGUAUAUAUAUAGCUUGAAAUGUGACAUGAGAGUAAAGUAAAAAGCUUUGAUCGAAAUGCUAAGACCUAUGUGGAGAAGGUUGAGUUAUUUCAAUAUAAGGCUUUAUGUGGAGAAGGUGAGGUUUUUUGCUUGUUGAAGAACAACCUAAAUGUUCUGUUUCAUAUGUUCAUUAGAGUAUUUGUAAUCCAAGGAAAUGCAGGCUUGUGCUGUUCUUUUCGCCCUGAAGUAAGCUCUGAUCUUUUACAA